UGAACAAUAAAGUUUGAAGGGAAAAAAUGUGACGUCAGAACCGAGCGACUCGGGAAGGAGAAUCACGUGGAUCUGGUCCGGUCCAGGUCCGUGUUCCGCUUCCAGCAGCUGUGACCCGCGGGGAUGGGGGACCGCAGCCGGCUGUGUUCGGUGUGGCUCGGUUCGGAAACCGGGAUCCUGAAGGGCAUCAGCCUGACCCGGAAGCAGGCCUUCAACUUCUGUGACACGCGCCAGCUGAGCCGGGACCAGGAGGUCCGCGCGCUGUGCUGGGGCGACCCGGCGGAAAGCGAGCUGCUGCUGGGCUUAGUGGACGGAACCGUCCGAACUUUCAGCACCGAAAAGGGGGCGUUCACGGACGCGCGGCGCUGCGGGGACCCGCAGGACGGAUGCUUCGCGGGUCUCGCGGCGCUCGGCGGCUCCACGCUGGUCUCGUGCACGGAGAGCGGCGCGGUGCGCGUGUGGGCUGAGGACAGCCGCGAGCCCGUCACCCAGCUGGAGGCGGGAAAGGCAGUGUGCCGGAUGAGACAGAGCCCGGUGGACCGGAACAAGGUGGCCACCGGCGGGAAGGAGAACGGCCUGAAGAUCUGGGACCUGCAGCGGCCCGAGGGGGCGCUGUUCUCCGCCAAGAACCUCCGGGACGACUGGCUGGCCCUGCGGCGGCCGCACUGGGUCCGGGACAUGGCCUUCAUGCCGGACUCGGACAAGGUGGUGACGUGUACGGGCUACCAUCAGGUCCACGUCUUUGACCCCUCCACGCCUCAGCGGCGCCCCGUCCUGGAGGCCGAGUACGGCGAGUACCCGCUGACCGCCCUGUCCCUGACCUCCGCCGGCACCACAGUGGUGGUGGGAAACACCCAGGGCCAGAUCGCCCUGCUGGAUCUGAGGAAGGGGCUGGUGUGUGGCUGCCUGAAGGGGCUGUCCGGGGGGGUGCGCGGCCUGCAGUGCCACCCCUCCCAGCCGGUGGUGGCGUCCUGCGGGCUGGACCGCUUCCUCCGCAUCCACAGUCUGGAGGAUCGGCAGCUGCUGCACAAGGUCUACCUGAAGUCACGGCUGAACUGCCUCCUUCUGGCCAGCCGGGAGCUGGAGGAAGGGGCGGGGGGGCAGGGGGAGGGGGAGGUGGAGGUCAAGGAGGAGGAGGAGGAGGAUGAGGUGUGGGCCUCCUUGGAACAAGUGGAGGAGGAGACCACAAAGAGGAAACCAGCAGAGAAGGACGAGGAGACGCAGAAAAAGAAGAAGAGAAAGAAAGGGAAGAACUGAUGCAUUCAAGGGCAUAAAACAAGCGUGGGAUAUCUGAACUCCAGCAGUGAUGGAACUGAAAGAUGGAAUCUGUUGGUACCUGAACGCCUCCAUGAUGCUGCAUUCACUUUCAUCAGUUCGUCCUUGAAAAGCUGGUUUUCAUAAAGACUUUUUCCCCUGAAGUUCUUCUGAGUGUCAUAUUUACAGAGUCGUCUGCGAAGGCACCACGCCAUGUGUUCAGAUGAGCUGAACACCAACAGCUCUGUCAUUAACAGAUAAUUACCCAGAAUUCUCUCCCGUACAGGCAGAUGUCACUAUUUUAAUAAACGUUUUAUUUCAGCA